CUAUCUACUCUCACUUUUUAUUUUUUAUUUUCCUAACAGCAACUUCUGCGUUGACCAGCUUUACUUCAAAUCUCCCUACUUGAUACGGAAGCUGAUUGGAGUGGAUUCCUGGCACCUCUACCAUGGACGAUCCAGAAAAACUUCACAUAGUCAUGUUCCCAUGGCUAGCUUUCGGUCACAUACUCCCAUACUUAGAGCUGUCCAAGCUCAUAGCUCAAAAGGGUCACCGCAUCUCCUUCAUAUCCACCCCCAGAAACAUCGACCGCCUCCCAAAACUACCUCCAAUUUUACAACCUCUUAUCAACUUAAUCAAGCUUCCACUGCCCAAAGUCGACAACCUCCCUGAAAACGCUGAAGCUACCACUGAUCUUCCCUACGAAAAGAUUCCCUACCUCAAGAAGGCAUUCGACGGCCUCCAAGAACCUGUGACCCGCUUCCUCAUAAAUUCACAUCCCGACUGGGUAGUUCACGACUUCGCCCCUCACUGGUUGCCGCCUGUCCUGGAUGAGCAUGGGGUUUCACGGUCCUUCUUCUCCAUUUUCGGUGCAUCGACCUUAUGUUUCAUCGGAUCCACGUCCAUCAUGCUGGGUGACGGUGAUCCACGUAAGGAGCUCCAUCAGUUCGCGGUUCCUCCUCCGUGGGUCCCUUUUCCCUCCAACUUGGGUUUGCCUCCGUUCCAGAUGAAGCGAAUCUUAGGCUAUGACGAACCCAACCUUUCUGGAGUUUCAGACUCAUAUCGAAUGGGUUCGGUCAUUUCAGCUUGUGACGUGGUCGCUGUACGAAGCUGUGCAGAGCUUGAAUCUGAAUGGCUGGACCUUCUCAGAGAGCUUUACCACAAACCAGUACUUCCAAUAGGGCUACUGCCUCCUUUGGCGCCUGUUAGCGGAGAGGACGACUCGUGGAUUCCAAUCCUUGAGUGGCUAGAUAAACAAGAGAAAGCGUCUGUGGUUUACGUGGCACUCGGAAGCGAGGCGACGCCAAGGGAAGAUGAACUCACUGAGUUGGCUCUUGGGUUAGAGCUAUCAGGGUUGCCCUUCUUUUGGGCAUUGAGGAAGCGGCACGACUCAGUUGAGUUACCAGAUGGUUUCGAGGAUCGAACCAAAGAUCGUGGAGUGGUUUGGAGGACGUGGGCGCCUCAACUCCGGAUAUUGGGUCACGAAUCAGUUGGGGGCUUUGUGACUCACUGUGGUUUGAGUUCAGUUGUUGAGGGACUGUAUUUUGGACGUGCCCUUAUCAUGUUUCCGCUGUGGGGAGACCAGGGGAUCAUUGCUAAGGCUUUCCAAGAAAUGAAAGUGGGGAUUGAGAUCCCAAGAGAUGAAGAGGAGGGUUUGUUUUCUAGCAAGUCGGUGGCCCAGACAUUGAGCUUGGUGAUGGUGGAAGAGGAAGGAAGGAUUUACAGGGAGAAAGCUAAGGAGUUGAGCAAGCUUUUUGGAGAUCAGGAUCUACAGCAACGUUAUAUAAAUGAUUUUGUUGAAUAUCUCCAAAACCACAGGCGUAAUCGGAAAGAUUGAGUUGCUAUAUUAGAUGCUGCAUCUGUCUUCAAUGAAGGUGUCUUUGGCACUCGGCGAAUAAUCGAACAAGCUUUCUUCAAUUUUAAAUCACAAAAGUCCAACCAAAAUCUUGUGAAAGAUUUUUCCAUUUACCUUUUAUGUAUUCAUGGGUUUGUUUGAAUUUUCCAAAAGAAAAUGUCUAUGUUUACGAUAGAUAAUCUCUCCCGAUCUUUUCAUGGGUUUGUUUGAAUUUUCCAAAAGAAAAUGUCUAUGUUCACGAUAGAAAAUCUCUCCCGAUCUUGUGUGGUGGCCGAAGUGCCGAGAGUCACAUCCAACCCUCCAAUAUGUUCAAAGAUCUCGAAUAUAAAUAAAUGGUUCAUGUAUACUUCACAAUUA